CGUCGCUACUAACCCACAGCUCCCAACACCACGAGCAAAAUCAGUCAAGAUGGGAAUCGAUCUCGACCGCCAUCAUGUUCGAGACGGGCACCGCAAGGUCCCUAAGUCGACCAACCCCUACGUUAAGUUGUUGGUUCGUCUGUACAAGUUCCUUGCCCGCCGCACCGAUGCGCCCUUCAACAAGGUUGUCCUCCGCCGUCUUAUGAUGUCCAAGGUCAACCGCCCCCCUGUCUCCCUCUCCAAGAUUGUCGCGACCGCCUCCAACAAGGCCAACGCGAAGACCAACGAGGGAAAGACCAUCGUCAUUGUCGGCACCGUCACUGACGACAACCGCCUCGUCGAGCUCCCCAAGCUCUCUGUCGCUGCCAUGCGCUUCACCGCCUCGGCCCGCGCUCGCAUCGAGAAGGCCGGUGGUGAGGUUCUCACCAUCGACGAGGUUGCCACCCGUUUCCCCACUGGUGCCAACACCGUCCUCCUCCGUGGACCCAAGAACUCCCGUGAGGCGUUCAAGCACUUCGGCUUCGGUCCCCACACCAACAAGAAGCCCUACAUCGAGUCCAAGGGCCGCAAGUUCGAGCGCGCUCGUGGUCGCAGAAGUAUAAUUCCAAUGGCUGAUCAACGGAAGGUGGGCGUGCUCGGCGGUGGCCAGCUCGGUCGCAUGCUCAUUGAGGCUGCGAACAGACUCAACAUCCAAGUGAACGUUCUGGACGUCGCAAACUCCCCAGCAAAGCAGAUAUCCGCACACGAUGGCCACCUUGAGGGCUCCUUCAAAGAUGCGGCCAAGGUUAAAGAGCUGGCUCAAAAGUGUGACGUAGUCACCGUGGAAAUCGAGCACGUUGAUACGCAAAUGCUUGAGGAGGUAGCGGGGCAAGUCACAGUCGAGCCAAGCUGGAAGACACUGCGCACCAUCAAAGACAAGUACGCACAGAAACUGCACCUCAAGCAGUAUGGCGUCGACGUCGCUGAAAGCAUUGAUCUUGAAGGGAAAGGAGUAGAGGGCCUGAAACAGGUUGGACUUACUUAUGGCUACCCGUACAUGCUUAAGAGCAAGACGGAAGCGUACGAUGGCAAGGGCAACUUUGUAGUCAAGAGCGAGGCAGACUUCGAUGCGGCAAUCAAGACGCUCGGCGGCCGUCCGUUGUACGCGGAGAAGUGGGCCGACUUCAGCAUGGAGCUGGCUGUUAUGGUGGUCAAGACGAAGGAUGGCGUCCUGUCCUUCCCUACCGUUGAGACGGUCCACGAGGACAGCAUCUGUAAGCUCACAUACACGCCUCCCCGCAACGUCUCCCCGGCCACCUCGCAGCGCGCCCAAGAUCUCGCCAAAAAGGCCAUCGCCGCAUUUGAAGGCAAGGGCGUCUUCGGCGUCGAAAUGUUCCUCCUCAAGGACGACUCCCUCCUGAUCAACGAGAUCGCCCCGCGCCCACACAACUCAGGCCACUACACCAUCGAGGCCUGCCCCAUCUCUCAGUACGACGCUCACCUCCGCGCCAUCCUCGACAUCCCUAUCAAGCCCUACCAGCUCCGCCUCAAGGAACCCGCCAUCAUGCUCAACAUCCUCGGCGCCGCCUCCCCAGACUCCGACAAGAAGGUCGCCCAGUUCGCGCUCGAGAACUCCGAUGCCUCAAUCCACCUCUACGGCAAAGGCGCCUCGCGCCCAGGGCGCAAGAUGGGCCACCUGACGCUCACCCGCCCCACGCUGCGCGAAGCCGAACUCGCGAUCCAACCGCUGGUAGACUUCGUCGAUGCGCAAAAAGGCAAACCCGCACCCGCGACCCCAGCCUCCCCCGCAGCCCCCGCGCCCCUCGUCGCCGUGAUAAUGGGCUCGGACUCGGACCUGCCCGUGCUCAAAGCCGGGCUGCAGAUCCUCUCGACGCUGGACAUCCCGUUCACGGUGCGCAUCACGUCUGCGCACCGCACGCCGGACUGGCUGCGCGAGUUCAGCAAGGCGGCGGCGAGCACCAGCGUGCGCGUUAUCAUCGGCGCUGCGGGCGGCGCGGCCCACUUGCCGGGCAUGUGCGCGUCGUGGACUACGCUGCCGGUAAUUGGACUCCCCGUCAAGGCGACGCAUAUGGACGGCUGGGACAGCCUGGUGAGCAUGACGCAGAUGCCGCGGGGCGAGCCGGUGGCGACGGUGGGGAUCAACAAUAGUACGAAUGCGGCGCUGUUGGCAGUGAGGAUUUUGGGCGCGAGUGAUGAGGUGGUGAGGGAGAGGCUGCGGGUGUGGAUGGAGGGGAAUGAGAAGGAGGUGCUCAGGAAGGAUGGCGCGUUGUUGGAGAAGGGGUGGGAGGAGUAUCUCACUGGUAUGGGGAAACAAUCGAGUUUUUCCAAUGAUACGUAG